UUUCAUUUUGCUUUACUCGAUUGAAUUUCUAGGAUUAAUUAUGCAGUCAUUUCUGUCAUUACAAAUUCAGUAUGUUUUCUUUCUCCUCUUCAUGCAAUUUCAACUUUGGGAAUCUUAAGAAUGCCCACCAAGAUGUUAUUAGGCUCGUUGUGCUGUGCCUACCAAUGGAAGGAACUUUGUAUUUUUGUUUCGCUAUAGUAAGCUGAUAGGCUUUGUUUUUGGAUGUUUAUAAUAGGAGUGUAUUGAGCACUUGUUCAAUGCCUUUCUUGAGACCGGCUGAUGUUAUUUGAAACGUGUCUUGUGCCAACUAUGGUGAUCUUGUGAUUCGUAACAUGUUUUUAGCAACGGAGUUCUAUGAAUUUUGUUUCUUUAUAUGAUUAUGGUGACGACUUUGAAAUUCCAGAAUGACUACAUUGCCUUGCUUCCUUGUAGUUGGUGUAAUUUUCUUUACUUUUGCCUUUGCCUUGCUUUUGAAUUUAUUAUGCAUCACUGUUUAUCCUAUCAGCUCGAACAACUCAGUACUUCCUUCUUCAUUUUGACUGCCCAUUAAUUCUUAAUAUUUGUAACUUGCCACUCUAGAGACAAGUUUUUCUUAAGUAGUAUAUUUGGAAGUCAUGUAUGAAUAAAAGUUUUCGGUGGUCCAAUGAUGCAUAAGAUUUAACAUUUCGGUAGAGAUUGUGAUCUCUCUGGUGCAGCAUGGGUUUUUUAGGAAUAGCCUGGUGAUUGACAAUUUUGAAAGCACUAAAGUUUUCACACUCAUCGAGGUUGGAGAUAUGAAGUUAAUGGCAGAAAAGAUUUGAUGUUUUAAGCUUUAACACACUGAGUCUACAGUUUCUCUGUUUGCAGUUUAUGGCCUGUCAAGUGGGAAGAAUGUAUCUUCAGGCAGGUUUGUCAAUAUUGGAGAAUGAAGUCCUUGAAAGUUCAUGUAUGACCCUUGCGACUUGUGCAAUACAGAGGUGGAUCAUUGAGCCUAGUAUAUGUGGACAAGCUUCAAAGAUUGGCUUAAAGUCUGCACUGUUUCCCAAAAAGAGUUUUUCAACAAGAAAAAGACAUGGUUGGAAAAUAGCCUUUGCCUUAGACACUGGUGGGGUUUCUGGAGAUGGUGGAGAAGAUAGUCUCAACAGUGACAGCUCUAAUCUUGGUGGUACUCGACUGGGCAGGAUAGUAAGUGCAGGCAGCAGACAGCUAUUAGAGAAGCUGAACUCAGCAAGAAAGAACUUCCCCAUGAAGGUAUUUCUCCUUCUGUUGGGUUUCUACACGGCAAAUGCAUUGGCAACUAUUCUUGGCCAGACAGGUGAUUGGGAUGUAUUAGUUGCCGGGGUUGUUGUUGCUGCCAUUGAGGGGAUUGGCAUGCUUAUGUACAGAAAGCCUCCUUCUUUAAAGACUGGAAGAUUGCAGUCGUUUGUGGUAAUGGUUAACUAUUGGAAAGCUGGUGUGUGCUUAGGUCUUUUUGUGGAUGCUUUCAAAUUAGGUAGUUAAAGAUGAACUUCCAUAUCCUCUUCUGAUAGGGUUGGGGGUUCUUUUUCAAUGUAUUCUGCAUCUCUUAUAACAGCCCAGGUUCAAUUGAUAGAUGUGCAAUUAGGUGAGAAAUGUAUCAUAACUGUUGUCAAUGUAAUGUGCAAAUAAAUUUUUUUCGAUC